AUGUUUAACUUCAUAAAGAAGUCGACCGUUUUGGCAAGCGGUGACUCUGGUGGCUAUGAGGAAAGGGAUGGAGAAAAAGAAAGAAGGAAAAGGGAGAAGAAGGAGAGAAAAGAAAGGGAAAAGCGGGAGCGAAUAGCGGCCGGGCUUGAGGAGCCUUUAAGAUUGGAGGAGGUUCGAAGGUCUUUGAAACUCCGAGGCCGUCGUAAAGAGAAGGAGAAGCUGCCCUCUGGAAUCACUGCUGAUUAUACGGCUUCUCUAUUCGCACAUCUCGAACAGGAUUCGAAUUAUUCGAAUUACCCAAUAAUCAAUACCUCUGGCUCAAAUUCGAACCUUAGUGAUGAAAAUAAUCAUUUAUCACCGAUUUACCCCACCACUCACACUUGGCAUAAAAAAGAUGGAGUCCUGCAGUCAGAUAGUUCAGAGACCUCCUUAAAUUCGUUGAAUAAUCCAAACAAUGCUAAUAUCAGCCCACGUCAAGCCCCGAAUUUACCUCCUGUACCACCACGCCCACCAAAACGAGGCAUACUCAAAGGUCCACGCUUAAGCAACACUAGCUCGAAUUCCCAAGAAAGUAAUGUCCAUAAUUCAGAUACCGUAGAUUUCUCGAAUGGUCAAGAUUCGAAUGUUUUGGCUCGAAAUACGCAGCAAAAUGAACUUAUUUCUUAUGGCAUCCCACCCUCUAAGAGCACAUCGUCAAGUGACGAUAUGCAACUAAUUCAAAACUUUACCAAAAAAGUAAUCCAUAGUCCUGUUGAAACCCAAUUCAAGAAUUAUAAAAAUAAUGCAAAUACAGCUAUAACGAAACAAGAUAUCGAUGAAGCACCUAAGACAAAUGGUAAUGGUAAUAGCUACCUUGGCGUAACUUCUACAUCGCCUAGUGCCGAUUCCCUUACCGACACCACAAACUCCUCGUUCGCCACACCACCGUUUUCAACUUCCCCUGUCGGGGAAUCACAAGGAUUUCACAGAUGGUCCAGGACUAGUACAUUUGACGACGUUUAUUUACCAUUACCGACAAUAACGCCAUUGCACUUGCCUAAACCUAGAGUUUUGACGAUACAGCGUCAGAAAGCUCCAAGAAAUGACUUUGGAUUCAGCCUUCGAAGGGCAGUGAUCCAAGAAAGAAUUUUUAUCGGCGACAUGAAAGAUUUGACAGGCACUAACAGUGCAAUGGUAAACGGCGAUAAUAAAUGCAAUGGAAAUUUAAUGACGAGUAAAUUAACAUACAAAGCAGUGAUCCUUGCUGAACCAGGUUCAUAUCCUGGUUCAAGUGAAACAGGACUGAUGCCUGGUGACAGGCUUUUAGAAGUAAACGGGGUAAAUGUUGAGGGUAAAAACAGAGAGGAGGUUAUUGAUCUUAUUAAAAGCAGUCAGGAUUUCGUUACUGUAAAGGUGCAACCUAUAGCAGAAUUAUGUGAGUUGUCACGCCGUCGUGCUGCAGAUGGUGGUGCAGAAGUUGAACUUUCCGACAGCAACGUGAGAGGUGGUACUCUCAGCAGAUCUGGAAGCAGGCGAUUCAUUAGUACACAAAGGAGUCAACCCUUAGAGCAAGCUUUAGAGUCGAGACUUAGUGCUGAGUAUGAGUAUGAUUGCUUAGCGUUAUGUCUUGACUCUGUACUUUUCUCAGAUUUAGAAUGA